CCGUGAGGGAACGGAGCCCGUGAGGGGAACGUGAAGGAAACGGAGCCCUGAGUGAAACGGAACAGCGGGAAUGGCGCUUCCAAGGAUUCCUUGGAAUUUUCCCGCUCUCUGCUGGCUCCUCCUGGCCGUGGCCAUUCGCGGUUCCCCGGGUCUGGGAUGCCGGGAGCACCAGUACCUGCUCCAUGGGAAAUGCUGCAGUGACUGCGCCCCCGGGCAGAGGAUGCGCAGCCGCUGCACAGCCGGGGCUGACACCGUGUGCUCGCCGUGCCAGGACGGAUAUUUCAGCUCCCAGUACCACCACGGCUUCUGCCGCAGCUGCACCGUCUGCAACGCCAGGAAGGGCAGCGUGGAGGUGAAGCCGUGUGAGAAAACCUCGGACAGGGUCUGUGUGUGCCAGGCUGGAUUCAUGCCAGCAGGAAUUCCUGUGGGGAGUGAGUGCUCCCGAUGUCCUGGAGGAACCUUCUCCAGAGGAAGGAACGAGAACUGCCAGCCUUGGACCAACUGCAGCUUUUUUGGGAAGCGCACGCUCCGAGCUGGCACGGCCACAGAGGACGCCCUGUGCAGCAGCCUGGAUCCCAUUCCUACAGAAAUCCUGAAAACCAGAGCUCCAAUUCCCACAGAAUUCCUGAAAACCAGAGCUCCAAUUCCCACAGAAUUCCUGAAAACCAGAGCUGCCAUUCCCACAGAAUUCCUGAAAACCAGAGCUGCCAUUCCCACAGAAUUCCCAGGGAGCAGCUCCAGCCCCAGGGAGAUCCCAGAGCUCUGUUCAGGUCCUGGCAGCGCCGCCGAGCCCAGCUGGGGUUCUUUAUCCCUGCUCUUGCUGUGCCUGAUGCUGCUGAUAGUGAGUGGAAUUUCCAUCCUGCUCCUGAUCAUCCAAGCAUCCAGGAAAAAAAACAGGAAUGGGCCUGGGGGGAGCCUCCAGCACACCGGGGGGAGCUGCAGGAUCCCCGUGCAGGAGCAGCACAUCGACUCCAGCUGCAGCCUCAUCAAAACCUGAGCCGGGACCCAGGAGGGCUUAAUUAGGAGUUAAUUAGGGGCUGAAUUAACUCGGGACUCCCUUUGGAAUCUGGGAAAGUCCUGAGGGAAUUUGGUGUGGAUUUCAUGGCAAAGCUGAGCUCUAAAAUCAGGAUUCAGUGGCAAAGAUGAGCUCUAAAAUCAAGAUUAAGUGGCAAAACUGAGCCUAAAAUUGGGAUUUAGUGGCAAAACUGAGCCUAAAACUGGGAUUUAAUGGUAAAACUGAGCCUAAGAUCAGAAUUAAGUGGCAAAGCUGAGCUCUAAAAUCAGAAUUAAAUGGCAAAGAUGAGCUCUAAAAUCAGGAUGAAGUGCAAAGAUGAGCUCUAAAAUCAAAAUUAAGUGGCAAAACUGAGCCUAAAAUUGGGAUUUAGUGGCAAACUGAGCUUAAAAAUUGGGAUUUAAUGGUAAAACUGAGCCUAAAAAUUGGGAUUUAAUGGUAAAACUGAGCCUAAGAUCAGAAUUAAGUGGCAAAGAUGAGCUCUAAAAUCAGGAUUCAGUGGCAAUACUGAGCCUAAAAUCGGGAUUUAGUGGUAAAACUGAGCCUAAAAUUGGGAUUUAAUGGUAAAACUGAGCCUAAGAUCAGAAUUAAGUGGUGAAGGUGAGCUCAAAACCCAGGAUUCAAUGGCAAAACUGAACUUAAAAUUUGGAUUAAGUGGCAAAACUGAGCUGUAAAACCAGGAUUGAAUGGCAAAACUGAGCCUAAAACUGGGAUUUAAUGGUAAAACUGAGCCUAAACCCAGGAUAAAGUGACAAAACUUAGCCUAAAAUCAGAAUUAAGUGGCAAAAUUUAGCCUAAAAUUGGAAUUCAAUGGUAAAACUGAGUUUAAAAUUGAGAUUAAGUGGCAAAACUUGAGCUCCAAAAGCAGAAUUAAGUGGUGACUCAAUCCACAUUUCAUGAAAUGAAUUUUCCCUCUCUGAUUGGUUCUCCAUAAAUUUGGAAAGUCAAUUUUUCAGGAGCCAAUCCCAAACUCUGAAGUUCCUGGGAGGAGCCUGAAGAGUCCUUUGGCUGAAUUUGAAAUAUUUCCAAUAUUUCCAUGGAAAUCCCAGAAAAAAAAAUAAAUUUUAAUUAUUUAGGAACAGUUUUCCCUCCAAAUAUCAGCUGAGAACUCCUCAAAAAAUGUGAAUUUUAAACCCAGAGCACCAAGAAUAUCCAAAAAAAAAAAAAAAAAAAAACCCAGCAGGGAUCCAAGAGGUUUUUAAAUCCAUGGAUUUGGAAUAUUUGGGAUUUUUUUAUAUGUUAUACAUAUCUGAGGGGGUUUAUACCAUGUAUAGGAAGGUUUGUAUUGUGUACAAAGGGGAUUUUUUUGGGAAUAAAAUUCUGGAAAAACA